GACGCCGGGUGCCGGGAGGGGUCGGGGGAGGGACGUCGUGCUCGGAGCGCGCGCGCACUCACACACUCACACGAGCAUCCCGGAGGGUAUUUAAGGAUCGCGCACGCGGGGCUGCGGAGAUCCUUCGGGCAGCCGCGACUUCGGCCUCGCGACUAGCAUUUGCUCCUUGGGUUUAUUUCGUUUUUCCUCUGUCUUCUCCCGCUUAGCCGCCCCUUUCGCGCUGCGCUGUAGCGUGCUCUCACAAACCUUUUUGCCUUGCAUUGGAUGCAGGUGGGAAACAGGUCGGCGUGCCGAAAGACGCCGAGUAGGUAGAAAUAAGGCAAACUCGCAGAGGCGCAACAGGUCCGGUCCUCCGUGGCUAGGGCGAGCCGCGGCCCCGCGCCGCGCCUCGGCCGCUGUCCCUCGGACCCUGAGCGGCCGCUCUCGGGGACGGCGGAAGAGGUGUCGCUCCUCUGGGAGUCAGAAGAGCCGCCUGGGUGGGUUUCGUCUUGCUGUUUACCCUACCGCCACCCAGUCCCUGGACUGAGGGCGCUUUUCACCUCCAGCUGGGAGGAGAGAAGAAAGCGGGGAUGGUGCACGCCUGCGGGUCUGGACGCUGAGCAAGGCAGGGGUCCAUCUCCGCUCGCGGGCUCGACUCCACCAACUAGUUGUGCAGCCACAGGGACUGAACUUUGGAGGACUCGACCUUUAUCUUUCCUUUUAGAAUUAUUUGAGGUGUAGAGGGUGGGAGGCGAAGCCGAGACGGCCGACCCUGCCACGAUGCUGGUGAAGAAGCACGCAGGGAAAGGAGGGGGCCGGGAGCCGGGAUCCGAGGACCCGAGCCCUGCAGGGCUGCGAUGUGCCCGGACCAUGCCCCCGUGCGCCGUCCUGGCGGCCCUCCUGUCAGUGGUGGCCAUGGUGUCUUGUCUGUACCUUGGUGUGAAAACCAACGACCUCCAGGCGAGGAUCGCCGUUCUCGAAUCCGCCAAAGGGGCCCCUUCCAUUCAUCUGCUGCCUGAUACCCUGGAUCAGCUCAAGGCUAUGGUGCAAGAGAAAGUGGAGCGACUUCUGGCUCAGAAAUCCUAUGAACAUAUGGCUAAAAUAAGAAUCGCAAGAGAAGCACCUUCAGAAUGUAACUGCCCAGCAGGCCCUCCAGGGAAACGAGGUAAGAGAGGCCGAAGAGGAGAAUCUGGUCCUCCUGGCCCUCCUGGUCCUAAAGGUGACAAGGGAGAACAAGGUGAUCAGGGACCUCGGAUGGUGUUUCCUAAAAUCAAUCAUGGGUUUCUCUCUGCUGAUCAGCAGCUCAUUAAACGCCGCCUGAUUAAGGGUGACCAAGGACAGGCAGGGCCUCCAGGACCCCCAGGCCCUCCAGGCCCAAGAGGACCACCUGGGGACACAGGGAAAGAUGGCCCCCGUGGAAUGCCAGGAGUACCUGGUGAACCAGGAAAACCAGGAGAACAAGGCUUGAUGGGUCCUCUAGGGCCUCCAGGACAAAAGGGUUCUAUUGGAGCACCUGGAAUUCCAGGGAUGAAUGGGCAAAAGGGUGAGCCCGGGUUGCCUGGAGCAGUAGGACAGGGUGGAAUACCAGGACCAAAGGGAGAACCUGGAGAACAAGGUGAAAAGGGAGACGCUGGAGAGAAUGGCCCCAAAGGUGACACAGGCGAAAAGGGCGACCCUGGAUCAUCUGCUGCAGGAAUUAAGGGAGAACCUGGAGAAUCUGGUCGUCCAGGGCAAAAGGGUGAACCAGGGCUUCCUGGGCUUCCUGGACUUCCGGGGAUAAAGGGAGAACCAGGUUUCAUUGGUCCUCAAGGAGAACCAGGUUUACCAGGUUUACCGGGAACAAAAGGUGAACGGGGAGAAGCAGGGCCUCCUGGAAGAGGUGAGCGAGGGGAACCUGGAGCCCCCGGACCAAAGGGGAAACAAGGUGAAUCAGGAACUAGAGGCCCAAAGGGGUCAAAGGGGGAUCGUGGAGACAAAGGGGACACUGGAGCUCAGGGACCAAGGGGUCCACCUGGUCAAAAAGGAGAUCAAGGAGCCACUGAGAUCAUAGACUACAACGGCAACCUCCAUGAAGCCUUACAGAGGAUUACCACCUUAACUGUCACGGGUCCACCUGGACCUCCUGGACCUCAAGGACUACAAGGGCCAAAGGGAGAGCAAGGAUCUCCAGGAAUCCCAGGAAUGGAUGGAGAGCAGGGACUCAAAGGCUCAAAGGGAGACAUGGGGGACCCAGGUAUGCCAGGUGAAAAAGGAGGAAUUGGACUUCCUGGAUUACCGGGAGCCAAUGGAAUGAAAGGAGAAAAAGGAGAUUCUGGAAUGCCGGGUCCACAGGGUCCUUCUAUCAUAGGCCCACCAGGCCCACCAGGUCCCCAUGGCCCACCUGGCCCCAUGGGACCUCAUGGACUUCCUGGACCAAAGGGUGAACCAGGGUUAAAUGGUGUUAAAGGAUUGAAGGGUGAACCAGGUCAAAAGGGUGACAGAGGACCCCUUGGUCUUCCAGGAGCAUCUGGCUUAGACGGAAAGCCAGGAUCCCGGGGUACAGAUGGUCCUAUGGGACCCCAUGGCCCUGCAGGUCCCAAAGGAGAAAGAGGCGAAAAAGGAGCUAUGGGAGAACCUGGACCGAGAGGGCCCUAUGGGUUGCCUGGGAAAGAUGGAGAGCCUGGUCUUGAUGGCUUCCCUGGUCCACGGGGUGAGAAGGGUGACCUAGGAGAAAAGGGAGAAAAGGGGGAAAAGGGAAAGAAAGGCAAAAAGGGGCCUAAAGGGGAGAAAGGAGAACAGGGUGCUCCUGGAUUAGAUGCACCCUGCCCAUUGGGGCCAGAUGGCUUACCCAUGCCUGGCUGUUGGCAAAAGUGAUGAAUCUAACCUUCCAAGCAUGAAGUUGUGUAUAUAAUGGUCCACUUUUAAUAUUUAUAGUUGAAAACUGAAUUGCAGAUUUUACGAGUCUGAUACAUGUUUACAUAGGGCUGCUUCUUCCUGUUGGCAGUGGUGUACAUGUCCAUUUUCACUCCACUUACAUCUGAAAUUGGGCAAUUUGUGAAACCAGUGAAAAGCCUGCAAAAAAAUAUAGAUCAAUAUCUCGUUAUCUCAUGUGAAGAUAUGUAUUUAUAUGGACAAAUCAGUGGUAGAGAAUGAUUGUACUAGCUAUUUUCCUUCUUUGGGCUUGCUAAUUGCAUGGACAAAAAGUGCCAUGAAAUAGUUUACAUGAAAUGGUGACCAAAUAUGGACUCAAAGCUAUGAAAAUGUACUAUACUGACUGACUUUAGAGUUGAUCGUCACAUUCCCAUUCACCAUUCAUGUUGGCGUGGACUCCUACCUACACCACCUAUUGAAACUGACUAAAACAGCAUGACUGUGUGCCAAGCCUGCUUGCUGUGCAACCUCAGAUGCUAGCAUGCUAAUCACAAGUCCUUCAAUCACGUCUGAGCUUUUAUUCCUUUUGUCAUCUCAAGGGGGUUACACCGUGGCUUAUUGCCAAAAAGAGAUGAGGUGGUGGAGAGCACACACACACAAUUUGUCUUGUAUUUUGAGGGAGUUGCAGUCCUGACUGCAGAUCCACAGCUUCCAGUAUUGUGGGCUCACGUGGCCACUUUGGCUGAAAAUACGAAGGGGUUGAGCCUGUUGCUGCUGCCAGUUUUUCUUGGGCUGCCCUUGGCAGUGAAGACACGGGAAGAGGACCGAUUCAGCCUCCAGCACUGUCUCUCGUGUGACCAAGUAGGAAAGAGGUUUACAAACGCAAAUGUGCAGAAUCUCAGACUUUAAAAAUAUAAAAAUAACUCAAUUUCAGCAAGUGUUAAUAUGGGUGCUUUUGAAAAAUGACAGAGGCACAGCACUUCUUUUGGAAUAGGAGAUUCUUGGAAUGGCAGCCCCUAUCCCUUAGGAAAAGGGGAUGUGCAUCCCACCCAAACUUGGGUUGCUGAAGAAAUAACAUGUUCUGAGAAGGGAUCAACCAAAAUCGCCUCUCCUGAAGAUGUAGGAGAGCUUACUGGGACAAUCUGUGCCGAAGUUGUGAGAGCUUUCCUUCCUCCUAAGAUCCAACCCAUAUCAAACAUUUCCUGCAGAGUUCUACAAACAGAAAGGUAUUUUUCAUUCUUUUUAAUGCUUUUUCCUUUUUCUUUUAGUCCCAUGAAUAUUGAGAAAA